CAGGCGAGAGUCAACUUGUUUUUUAAUGAAUGCUGCUUUGUCAAAGAGAGGUCAAGGGUGGAAGGGGGCGUUCCACUCACCGCCAGCGCCUUAUAAAUACCACUGAGCGUAGCAGCCAGAGGGUUGAGGCAGCUGAGCUCAGUGGAAGAGGCUGCAGUCAGAGAGCUUUGACGGGCACAGGAGUUUGCGGUUGUGCUCACAGACUCAGCCUGUCAAGUGCACCCAGAUCACCUCCUCCUUCAGAGUCAGUGGGAUCUGCUUGGUGGGCUGAGCUCCGAGUACAGGCAGCAUGGACAUGGACUAUGAGAGGUGCCAGUGCCACAGCGAAGAGAACCGGAACGCCAUCCUCUAUACCCUUCUGAGCCAAAACCUGAACCACAAUCAUAGCCCAUCCCAGCAGCGCUGCCGGUGCCAGAAGCGUCGCACCGUCUGCCUCCAGACACCCCAGGUCACCUGCCAGGCGGCCUCUGAUGUUCUGGUGAAAACAGUCAGCUUCAUGAAGAACCUGCCCUCCUUCCAGCUGCUGCCCCGGGAGGACCAGCUCCUCCUGCUGGACAGUUGCUGGGCUCCUGUCUUCAUUCUGGGGUUGGUUCAAGAGAUGGUGACAUUCGACGUGAUGGAGACCCCGGCCCCCAGCAUGCUCAAGAACAUUCUCCUCAAUGGCCAGAGCAAGAGGCAGGAGCCUGAGAGGACACAACCCACCCUAGCCGGGGUGCAGCGGCUGCAGUGCUGCCUGAACACGUUCUGGAGCCUGGACCUGAGCCCUAAGGAGUAUGCCUACCUGAAAGGAGCCAUUCUUUUCAACCCUGACGUCCCAGGUUUAAGGGCCUCCUUGUACAUAGAGAGCCUCCAGCGGGAAGCACAGAGAGCGCUGCAGGAAGUUGUAGGACCGCUCCACCCAGAGGACCAGGGCCGCUUUGCCCGCAUCUUGCUGAUGGCCUCCACCCUGAAGUCCAUCUCUCCUGCCCUCAUCACAGACCUCUUCUUCCGCCCCAUCAUCGGCAACGCAGACAUUGUUGAGCUGAUCACAGAAAUGUUGUAUGAAAUAACUGCCAAGUGGUCAGCUCUUUCAUCACGCGUGGCAUGCUGAUUCUGCAGUUGCUUUCACAGGUGUCUCCUGCUCACCGAGCUGAGUGUCACAGGAUGGUAAAGUUAAUCUGAGAAUGGGACUUAGUGGAAAAAAAUUGGACAUUACUGAGAGCUGGCCUGGCAUGUGUAUUCCACUCAGACUCUGAUCACAGAUUCCUCAGCUAAGGCAUAAAAUCACUUCCUAACUUCUCUGUUAUUCAGCAGAUGUUUACAUCGGGCCUUGCUCCUGGUACGACAGCAAACUCAGACUGCCAAGCUGUUUCUAAAAGUGCGUGUGCAUGGGAAGAUAAUGGUUCUGCUUCACUCUCCUGUAACUUGAAAACAGCUUGGCCAAAGCCCUUCAAACUUGCCAGGCAAAAUCAUUCUCUGAGCUGAUACUUUCCACGGCAGAUAUUCAGGUCAAAAAGCAUCAGUGGGAGAAAGGAGGGAAUUGAAAUUAAGGCUUCUAACCAGAGGAGGAGGUGACAGGAAGUUACAGCUUUAAAGUGUCAUAGAGCAUUGCCAUUACACAAAAAGAACGUGGUUCCUAGAUGUGCUUCCCACCCCCAGCACCUCGUCACCUCAGUGGGAGCUGGGAGCGCCACAGGAAAUGACCCUGCAGUACCGAACGGGUCAGAUCAGAGCACAAGCCAGACUCCAUGAGUCAGGGGACAUCCUGGUCUCACUGAAGUGAAUGGGACUUGAUCAGAACCGGGCUUCCCCUCCUCCAUUCCAGGUGCUGACGUAGAGAGAGAAAACAGGCUUUGGACUGAGCUCAGAUGUCAGUAUUUGUGAGCGAGUGGUCUUCUGUGAUUUGUACAGA